UUGUUCGUGCUGUCAGUUUCGUUUCAACAAAAUUACCUAGUAGGUAAAUUUUUGGAAAAAUCAGAAUCGAAAAAAUACACAUCAAUUGAUUUUCGCAGUUUUGUGAUUUGUUCUAACAAACACAAGUUCGCAACACAAUGUAUAUAAAUAUCUAACUUGUCAUUAUUAUGUAUUACAUUGAUUCUCGGAGCUUUUACACUGCUAGCUAUAAAUAAGGCAAAUAGGCAGUGCGUGGUGGAAUCUCGGUGGGUUGUGCUAAAAUAUCGCUCUUAAGUUUGCCAAAUACUUACCAUUAGAAAUAUAAAUGGAGAAUAUUGAUACUUUAAACAAAAAAACUGUAUAAGUCAUAAAUAGAGAGAUACCAUAUCUACUAGUACACUAAAGUAUCGGAAACCAAGUGAGAUACCAUUUAAAAAAUUAUCUUUACUUACAUAAUGUUCCUGUAGAGAAUUGUUUUCGCCGGACUUUUAUGACUGAAAUCGUCAGUCCGAAGUUCGUUGAGGCGGGCUCGCGCGGGCGCCGCGCUCUCGCCGCCGCGCGCGGGCAUGGAGCGGCUGCGGCGGUCGUUCCGCGAGUCCUUCCGCCGGCGCAAGGGCUCGCCGCCCGAGUCCGCUCGCCCGCACCAAUGGCACGCGGACGAGGCCGCCGUCCGCGCCGGCACGUGCACCUUCCCCGUCAAAUACCUGGGCUGCGUGGAAGUCUUCGAGUCCAGGGGCAUGCAAGUUUGUGAGGAGGCGCUCAAGGUUUUAAGGAAUUCUCGUCGGAGGCCAGUCCGCGCCGUGCUGCACGUGAGCGGGGAUGGGCUGCGGGUGGUGGAAGAGGAGACUAAGGGACUCAUCGUGGAUCAGACCAUCGAGAAGGUGUCCUUCUGCGCGCCCGACAGGAACCACGAGCGGGGCUUUAGUUACAUCUGCCGCGACGGGACGACGCGCCGCUGGAUGUGCCACGGGUUCCUGGCGGCGCGCGACAGCGGCGAGCGGCUGUCGCACGCGGUGGGCUGCGCGUUCGCCGCCUGCCUCGAGCGCAAGCAGCGCCGCGACAAGGAGUGCGCCGUCUCCAUGAGCAUCGACGCCGCCUGCCACGCCUUCACGCGGCAGGGCUCCUUCCGCAAGUCCGGCGUAAUUAGCCGGCGGGUGUCUGAAGCGGACGCGGCGCCGCUGUCUCCCCCGGCGGCCGCGCCGCAGCCGGCGCCGGCGCCCCGCGCGGGACACAAUCCGUUCGCGGUGGAGCGCCCGCACGCCGCGCCGCAUCUGCUGGAGCGACAGGGCUCCUUCAGGGGGUUCGCGCAUCUCAACAACAGUUCCCCGUUCAAGCGCCAGAUGUCGCUGCGCAUCAGCGAGCUGCCGUCCAACCUGGAGCGCACGCGCGCCGGCCUGGCGUCGCCCGCCGGCCGCGCGCCGCUCGCCGCGCAGCCCGAUGUCGCCCCGGCUGAGGCGAGCACAACGUCGUCCCUGGCGGAGGACCCCGUGUCGGCGAUGUGCCAGCAGCUGUCGCUGGGGCUGCGCGCGCUGGCGGAGGAGCCGCUGCCGGCGCGCGAGGCGGUGCCGCUGUCGCCGCUGCCGCGCGCCGCCGCGCUGCCGCACCCCGACGCCUGGCUGGGCCGCGUGGCGCGCGCGCCGCCGCUGGCCAGCGCCGGCCGCGCCGCCACGCUGGCCGGCCUCGAGCGCAGCACCAACCCCUUCCUGCCCGACCCGGUGCCGGCGCACGACUAGACCGCCGCCGGCCCGCAGCUGUCCCAGCUAACGAUCGAACUCUUGUCACGGAUACAUACAGAGGAAACAUUAUCUCUUCACCACCGAUAUGCCGAGGUCUAUCCGUUCAAUAAACAAGGUCUGUGCUGCGCGCUGAAUAUGAUGACCGCGCAGUUGAAAUGGUGGCACACGCUAAUAGGAUGAGGGAUAUCCCGUAGCUGAUUACUGCAUUAUUUCGCAUGAAAGAUGAAACUUAUCAUGAUGGAUUGUCCUGAAACCCGAGCCACCCAAAAUUAAACCAGCACCACCUCUUCUUCAGCUCACAACUAUCACAAAAUGCGUAUUGUAAAAUUUACACUAAACAUUUAAUAAAAAGCGCGCGCGCAUUCACCUCAUCGAAUUCCUAUAAUUUAUAUAAAUCCUAAGUCUGUGGCACAUUAGUACCAACAAAAAAGAUUCAUUCGAUUGAUUCGAUUGACUGGCUUCAUAAAACAUUUAUGUAAUACUUAGAGCCAUUAUUAGAGAUAACUGACAAGUCUGUUUGGUCUUAUUCAUCAGUAAGUUUGGACAUAGUGAUGCAUAACAUAAAUAAGGCAUAAACUGUGAAUAAUUAUUUUUGGGAUAGUUUAUGAAAUGAAGAUACGAUUAUAUCUGCAACUGCCGUUUUUACUUGCCGUUACAUUUUAUCGUUGUAGUUGUAUCUUUACAAAACUGUUUUUUAUAAUGGGACAUUUUUUGAAUUAAUGUGCGUUCAAAUAUUGAACAUUAUAAAUGUUCCCUAUACUGUUUCAUCCAUUCUAUGCCAACACUAACUGUGCUUGAAUGAGUGUGGUGCGAUAAUCUAGUGGCAAAGGACAUAAUUAACCAGUGUAAUAAUGGUGGCAUUGAAUGGGAGUUUUCUGAAUGAAUGAAUAUGAAUUAAGGGUUUCGGACUGAUUGUUAACAAAUGGAUGCUUAUAUACUCUAGAAAUGUAUAUUUUAUUGAAAUUCCUGUGACACAAUGAAAGGAAACUAUUUAUUGACAAAUGUACUUAAUAUUCUAUGUUAUUGGACUGUGAUGCUUAGUGGCAUAAAAACGACUUUGCUUUUUGAAGUAAUCUUCACAGCGGCGAUAAGAAUCGCGUUGUGAUCAAGUAUCAAUAUUGUCAGAUGUUAUCUUGUGCACUGCAGAUGUAUUACUUAUAGCAGAGUAAAUAUUUAAAAUUAAAUCGUCGCACCGAGCUUCUGCCUUGCACUACUAUGUAUCGUGUGUGUAUGAAACUUUGUUAUAUAUAAAAGUUUACUAUUCGUCCAUACAGUAUUAAAUCUGAUCGAGCGCACUGUCCAAGUGAUGUGUACAAGUAAAAACAAUGCAGUAUUUUAUUGAUAACGUAAAUUGUACUAUAGGGGUUUUGGAUACAUUUUCUUUUUUGUAUAUAAUUGUAAAUUAUGUAGGAUGUUUACCACUGAACCACACGUGGAUCUGUUUCUUUUUUACUUUUUUAAUUACGUAGGAAUCAAUAGUGUGAAUCGAACAAACAUUUAUAUAAUUUUUUAUUAAGUAAUUUCAAUAGUGAAAUUCGUGUAGGUACUUACGUGUUGUCUUGGUUAGUUUUAUUGCUUAAAAAUAUUUUUGUUAUUGGUUUAUUUUCUAUUAUAUUAUAAUUUUGUUGAGACUAGCGUCCUUGCCUGGAGUUAGACUGACUUUCAUAUCCAUUACUGGAUACAAUUUUAAUUUCAAAUGUAAAUGGCAGCUGACUUAUAUAUGAUUGAUAUCGUAAUAAUAUUUGACUUUGACCGCACCGCAGUAAUAUAAUUGUCCACCUGGCUCUGUACAUUCCAUUCAGUUAUUAAUGAACCCAACGUAGUAGUUGCAUGGAUGGGCAAACGCAUAUCACUAGCUAGCCUUCCAUAAGGUAUAUACGCACUUGUACUUACGAUUUGUAACAAUUUACUUAAAUGUAGUAGUACUUAUCCAACACUUAAGAAAAUUAGACAGUUUUGAGGAUAUCCAUAUAUAUUUGCCGUAUCCUAAAAGUAACGAAAUCUCAAUUUCGACCACGUAAUAAUUAACAAUGCACACAAUUUUACAUGCACCUUUAUUUUGUGAAUGUGUAAUAAAUGUUACAUACAAAGUACAUACACAAUUUAGACCAUAGCGUAUCGUAUCGAGUAAUUUAUUUAUCUCCGAUCCAAAUUAAAGUCUAUUUUUACUAAGCUUGUUGGAAUGUUAUCUUUGGGUCAGAAUGUACUUAAAAUUCAUGUUACGAAUUCGUUGAUGUUAUACUGUUUGCAAUACAGUAAGUUUAUCAUGUGUAAAUAUCAACGCAUAUGUAUGUAGAUAUUUAGAAUGCAAAAGUUCAAAUAUUAUAAAAAAUAAAUAUUAUGUUUAGUUGAAA